AUGACUCAAUGGCAUAGUUAAGAAAGCAGGGAAGUGUGUUUAAUUCAUUUCAAUAAAAUGCAAGAGAUGUGCCAAUAGUCUUCAGCCCAUGAAUGCCACCUAACUAUAAUUUAGCCUAACAUGAUAUUGAGAACCUUAAGUAAUAAAAGUAUGCAAUUAUGCAUCAACAGUAGCAAUGAGAAUGACUCAAUGCUUCAAUAUUGCCAACUCUUUCAACACACAAUUUGGAGAUCAACUUUAAGUCACCUAAGCAGAGAUAGCUAGAGCAACUUGGAUGAGGAAAUUGAGAACAUUGGCAAAAAUGGCAACUCAAGAAAUGAGAAUAUAAAUGCUAAUGAAGCGAAUACUAACUUUAUUAUGAGAUUAAGAGAUUAAAGCUAGUUGCUAAGGAGGAAAGUACCCAUGAAUCAUAUAAGAGCAGAGAGAAUGGCUAACUUCACAUUAAGAGAAAAGAUCAACAAUCUAGAUCAAAAUCAAGAUUUCUCUUAGGUAAAUGAGCCAGAUACAUUAAGGUCAUACCAAAAUGAUAGGAUACAACUUCCUUAGAUUGGAAAUCGACGUAAGAUAAAGUAGAAACCUAUAAUGCAGAACAAUAUAUCUAAACUAUCCAACUCAAGAUCAUCUAGUCUGGAAAUCAAGAAGCAUAUUAAAAGAGAAUUCGCCCAAAGGCAAGUCCAACCUGUAUAUACCAAGAAUAACAUAAACACUCAAAGAAGAAACGAUUCUAAUUUGAAUCCUAUACCAACUAAUAGAUCAUUCAAACUUCACUUAUGA